AAAAAGUUGUCACUUGCUCGCCGAUGCCCCAGUGCCGAGGACCAUUCGUACCAUCAUCCAAAGUGUUUCUUGUGCGUUUAUUGUGUGAAUUUUGUGAUGCGACCCAAUUAGGCAGCCAGCAGCAGCAAGCGAAAAAUUAACACAAAUAUUUUAAUUAUAUCAGCUGAUAGCAGAAAAAAGCUUUCACUGCACAACAGCCAAACCAGUUUUCAUAAUUUAAAUAUCGCACUCGUACCCAACCCACGAGAGACAUAAUAAGAUAUAGUAAAAGACGGCAGAAACCCAGCGACAGCGUCGCUUCGCCGUAUUCGGCAACUUGUUUAUUUCAAAAUUAUAUAUAACAAAAAAGAGGGAAAAAAAAAACCAGAAACGAGUAUCUUAUAAAUAGUGCGCUUUGUUUCGGCAUACAACAAAAACUAAACAGAAACAAAAACAAAAACAAAAACAAAAUCAUUGACAGCAAAACCUCAACACCAAAAACAUUCCAACAACUGCAACAACGGGCGGCUCGCUCUGGCUCUCCCUUGACGUAGGUCAGGCCAAAGCUCUCCACAAUCAAAAACAAAAGUUCCCUCCACAUACAGCCGGCUUUUGAGGGAGCAGACACUCGAGAAGAGUCGAAGAGUCGAAGCGAGAGAUUUAUAGAGAGCGGUUUUUGUUUUUACUUAAGAGCGCACGCAGCGACCCAUGGGUCUCUGAUCUGAUCUCCACAGAUGCUUCAAACAACGACACCGAAAAUGAUUCACUGGUCUCUGAUCGUCAGCGCCCUAGGCGUCUGCGUGGCGAUCUUGGGCGGCUACUGCGGAUGGUCUCUGUUUCCCAACAUGGUCCACAAAAAGGUGGAGCAGAGUGUCAUUUUAGCCGAUGGCUCGGAACAAUACAAACGCUUUGUGACUCUGCCGCAGCCUCUGAACUUCAAGGUCUACAUAUUCAAUGUGACAAAUCCCGACAUGAUACAACACGGUGCCAUACCCAUAGUCGAGGAAAUCGGACCCUACGUUUACAAACAGUUCCGGCACAAGAAGGUGAAGCACUUCUCACGCGAUGGCUCCAAGAUCACCUACGUGCAGAAUGUCCAUUUCGACUUCGAUGCGGAUGCCUCAGCGCCGUACACACAGGACGAUCGCAUUGUGGCCCUCAAUAUGCACAUGAAUGCAUUUUUACAAGUGUUCGAAAGAGAAAUCACAGAUAUCUUUCAGGGGUUCGCCAAUAGGCUGAACUCCCGCCUGAAUCGCACGCCCGGCGUGCGAGUCCUGAAACGUCUGAUGGAACGUAUUCGAGGGAAACCGCCAUUUAGCUGGGUUCACGGCAUCUUGAUCAGCAUUAUUGAAGAUGUGAAAUCCGUUUUGCAAAUCUCUGAGAACGAUCCGGGCCUGGCGCUGCUACUGGUCCACCUGAAUGCCAACCUCAAGGCGGUGUUCAACGAUCCUCGGUCCAUGUUCGUGCACACCUCCGCGAGGGAGUACCUGUUCGACGGAGUGCGCUUCUGCAUCAAUCCCCAGGGCAUUGCCAAGGCCAUCUGCAACCAGAUCAAGGAGAGCGGUUCCAAAACCAUACGAGAGCAGAGCGACGGCAGCCUUGCCUUCUCCUUUUUCGGGCAUAAAAACGGCUCUGGUCACGACGUCUACGAGGUGCACACGGGCAAGGGCGAUGUUAUGAAGGUGCUGGAGAUCCAGAAGCUCGAUGAUACGCACAAUCUGCAGGUCUGGCUGAAUGCCAGCACAGAGGGAGAGACCUCCGUCUGCAACCAGAUAAACGGCACCGAUGCCUCCGCCUAUCCCCCGUUCCGGCAGCGCGGCGACUCCAUGUACAUCUUCAGUGCGGACAUCUGCCGGUCUGUGCAGCUCUUCUACCAGACGGAAAUCCAGUACGAGGGCAUUCCCGGCUACCGCUACUCCAUUGGCGAGAACUUCAUCAACGACAUCGGGCCGGAGCACGACAACGAGUGCUUCUGCGUCGACAAGCUGGCGAAUGUGAUCAAGCGGAAGAACGGCUGCCUCUACGCAGGCGCCCUGGAUCUGACAACCUGUUUGGAUGCCCCUGUUAUACUGACGCUGCCGCAUAUGCUGGGCGCCUCGAACGAGUACAGAAAAAUGAUACGCGGCCUCAAGCCAGAUGCCAAAAAGCACCAGACCUUUGUCGAUGUGCAGUCGCUUACGGGCACGCCCUUGCGCGGCGGCAAGCGGGUUCAGUUCAAUAUGUUCCUGAAGAGCAUCAACCGAAUAGGCAUCACCGAGAACCUCACCACUGUCCUCAUGCCGGCCAUUUGGGUGGAAGAGGGCAUCCAACUCAAUGGGGAAAUGGUGGCCUUCUUCAAGAAGAAACUAAUCAACACUCUCAAAACGCUGAACAUAGUCCACUGGGCGGCUCUCUGCGGAGGCGCGGGCGUGGCCCUCAUCAGCCUACUCUACUUUCUCUACCAGAAGGGACGUGGCGUGGAGGCUCCCCUGAAGUAGAGAUUAUGCCUCCUGAAGGGGGAGGCGGAGACUUUAGAUGUACUUGUUAUUAAAUGCUUCUAAAGAUAUGUAUCCGUGUUAUCCGUGCUACCUUUUGUCUACGAAUUUGUAUAUAAUUUAUUUGUUAAAUGUGAUUCUAUUGUAUUGUGAUUUAGCCUACUAAAACCCUACCAUAAACUAAAACUAAACAUGUUUUCGAAU